GUUUUGGACGACGACAAUCUUCUCAGGGAGAUUAUCGUCCGCGUCGGCUUCCCCACCACCCUGGUCCGCGCCGCGCUCGUCUGCAAGCGCUGGUUUGGGCACGCCUCCGACCCUGCCUUCCUCCGCCGGUUCCGCAAGCUCCACCCGCCCCGCCUCCUUGGCUACUACAUCUCAGAGGGGCCGUCGGCGGGGCAGCUAGAUGCUCCACGCUUUGUCCCGAUGCUGCCUCAGCCCGCAGAGCUUGCCACUGUCAUGCCCCGCCUGGCAGGUUAUACAUUUGGUGCACACGACAUAAUGCACUGCCGGAACGGCAGCGUACUCACCAAGCGCCAUGAAAGAACAAGAUUGACACAUGGAGUACACCGCCCGCUAUGCGCUGAGAAAGGCAUGAAAUUCGUCCCACCAUGCCCGCGCGUCCAGGACCAUAGUAUCCGUAAGUUCAGUGCAAUCCUCUCCAAAGAAGAAGCCAGCGGCUUGUCCUACUUUUGUGUGUUGGGGGAUUCGACAGAGGAGGCAGGAAAGUCCACAGCACGUGUCUAUAUGUUGCAAGAUGGUGUCUGGUGCCUGCGUACCACAGCCACUUGCCUCCACGAUCUGUAUUCUUUCCCAGAAGCUGUCCUCGUCGGCAACAAAAUCUAUAUGCCAUCCGCCAGUAGUGACGACAUUAUUGUCUUGGAUAUGAUGGCCUCAAGUUUCUCCACAGUUCAGCUCCCACAUUUCAACAAAUAAGCAGUGUGAGGUAUGACUACUUAGACCAUGCUGUCAGGGGCUGAUGAUGCUUCCGGUGUAUAUCUCAUGCAUGUUAUGGACUUUCAACUUCGCAUAUGGCUCCACAAGGGGGACAACUGGUUGCUGAUCAAUACCAUUUGUUUGAAUGAGAUGCCUAUUUUAGGGAUGUCAGAUCACACGCUUGAGGGUAAGGAUAUUGCUCAUGCGGUGAUAAGCCAGGUGGGAGACAAUGGUCAGUUCGUAUUCCUGCGGAGUGCUCAAUGCAUAUUCUACUUGGAUAUUAAGUGCAGAAUACUGCGUAAAGUGUACGAGAACAGAGUAAAUCAUCGAUGGUUUGGUGAUAUCCAUCCUUUUAUGAUGGUGUGGCCUCCCUCAUUCCCUGCCCUUGAGGGCGAUCCUGCAAGAAAUGCCAUGUGAAGAUGAAGGGUGCC